AUAUCUGACAAGUGAGAACGGGGACUAGACCAGCGAAGAGCAUUUAAUUGCACGUUGGAGGUCAAGUUUGAACGGUCAACAGGCGACUGUCAAAGAGGAGAGAGAUCGUACAGAAAGGGGUACAAGACAUCAACGAUGUUAACAGGUGACGUUCUUUCGUGAUAAGGUAGAAAGUGAUAUUCUUUAUGGAAGAGUUGUUAGUAACAGGAAAACCACCAUUGCAAAGUUUUCCUGAAGUGGUUACUAAGUUGAGGGAGUAAAGGAUAUAAUUUUGGAACUUGGAGGACCAGUCUGCAAGGAGUCAGGAAUGCAGCUUAUAUCUGUUAGGAGGUGUUUGAACAUCUUAGUAUCUGUUUGAUCAAAAUAAUAAUGGAGUCCUUCCUCAACGAGUUUCAACAUCUUGCAAUCCGACUUGAAGAGAUAAAGUCAGCCACCAACACCUUUGAUGACAGCAAACUUAUCGGAAAAGGUGGAUUUGGGAAAGUGUAUGAAGGAGUACUCUCUAACUCUAAGGAGAAGGAGCAUAUAACCAAGGUUGCAAUUAAGCGUCUAGAUCGCAAGUAUGGGCAAGGUGACCCCGAGUUCUUGAAAGAGAUCUUGCUUCUUUCGCGCUACACACAUGAAAAUCUCAUCUCUCUCAUGGGAUUUUGUGAUGAAGAUGGUGAAAAGAUCCUUGUGUACGAAUAUGCUUCUCAUGGAAGCCUUGAUCGCUAUCUAAGUAGUACUAGUCUCACAUGGAGACAACGUCUCAUUAUAUGUAUUGGGGCUGCAACAGGAUUGUGCUACCUUCAUGAUCCCAAGGAGACACAAGAAAGAGUUCUCCAUCGUGAUAUAAAAAGCUCCAACAUUUUACUCGAUGAGAAUUGGAAUGCAAAAAUUUCUGACAUGGGACUCUCGAAAUUAGGCCCUGCAAAUCAGCAACAUACAUUUCUUAUCUCCAAUGUUGCGGGUACCUUCUGGUAUGUAGAUCCGAUGUACAUGGAGACAAGUGUCGUAACAAAAGAGUCUGAUGUCUACUCUUUUGGUGUGGUCAUGUUUGAGGUAUUGUGUGGGAAGCUAUGCUUUGAAAAUACCAAUGGUAAUUUCAAGAGUUUCGUGCGUAUGUGGAAAAAGAGCUACAAACAAAAGAAAUUGGAUAAGAUUGUCUUUGAAGAUAUGAAGGAAAAGAUGGAUCCAAGGUCAUUGGAAACAUAUUCAUCCAUUGCCUAUCAAUGUUUGAAGAAAUCCCGUGAAAAACGACCAGAGAUGUAUCGUGUUGUGGAAGAACUUAAUAUUGCGCUUCGGUUUCAAGAGAAUUUUGAAGAGGCCAAACCACAAAUGAACUAUGAAGAGGUGCGUAAGUCAGCACAGUUUAAAAAAACAAAAGAGAUGUGUAAGACUGAGGUCCCUUCUCUAGCAUACAGAUCCGAAGAGGAAAUAAAAAUUCUUCUCUCUGAAGGAAUCUUCCUUAACCAGGGCAAAACGUGGUUUUGGUUAAAUAAGAAUGGAGAGCAUUGUGAAAUGAUAUCCGCAGCAGAGUGUUUCUAUCCAAUUACCAUUGCACCACAGUAUAUUGAAUUUUAUGCUAAGGAAAAAUCAAGAUUUACAGAGUACAUGAAUACACAAAUUUGUUUGGAUUUCAAAAUACAUGUCAAAACACAAUAUUUGUCUCCACAUAUCACAUACGCAGUUAACCUUGUGUUCUGUUUAUAUGACUCUGAUUCUACCAAUUCACACCUCGAGUACACAAUGGCUGGGGAAACAGAAUCUUCUAGUUUGUACUUAGCAGAUACGAGAGAAGAUGGAUGGUUGACAGCCGAAUUGUAUCAGUUUACUAGCGACAAUAGAUAUGUUGAUCUUGAAAUUACGUUCAAAUGUUGGAAUAAGUUGUUAGUAGAAGGCAUUGAGUUUGAGCCCGUGGAAAUAGUAAGCCAACAAAUUCUAGAACAUCAAGAAUUAGAGGAUGAGAGGGAGGUAGACAUGCAGGAGGACAUGUCUCAUUCAGAUGCAUAUUGGAAAGAAAAAUUACCUAGUGAUUAUGAAACCAUAAUCAAGUGGUCAAAAGAUAAGUUGCAUUGGACAACAAAGAAGGAACUUUAUUCUAUUCUUUGCAAAGGGUUCCUUAUCCAGAUCCAAGGCGAAGAGUGGUUUUCUCUCGACAAAGAUGGAAAUAAAUGCAUUAUGCUACCAGCAAAGGUGGCUUUGAAAAGAAAAAAGUGGAGUUGGAGAUAUUUACCCGAAUCAAGAUUUGAAGAAGUGGCUUUUGAUCCUACUUGGAGCUUUACUAUACGUUGCAAUACGUCCAAUAUAUUGUCAUCUGAAACAUGUUAUGGAGCUUACCUUAUUUACAAAUUACAAGAAAACCAUUCUGGAUUUGAGCCUCCUUUGAAAGUGUGGAUGACUAGUCAGUCAUUAUCAACAUCACGAUAUAUCUAUUUGAUUAGUCCUCAAACUCUAAUCAUUAGACGAAAGGCUUAUGAAAAUACUCACAAUCCAUUGAAUAGACCCAAAAUAAAAGGCCUUCCACAACAAAGGAAAGAUGGUUGGAUGGAGGUACAAAUAGAUGAACAACUUACACAAACUCCCUCGAGUUUUGUAAAACUUUCAGUCAACUUUCCCAUCGACCAGUCGCUUAAAGGGCUUAUUGUUCAAGGCAUUCAGUUCAGACCAUGUAAUUAGACACGAAUUAGUUGUAAAAGGCUUUCUUAUGCAUGAAUGGUUGGGCAUUAAAAAAGGGGUAAUGACCUAGAAAGGUAACGAACUUUGGUCUUUGUACACGUGUAGGUAACCAUGUUUUUUUCAUACACGUUUGACCAUUGAACU